AUGGAAAAACUAAACUUACAAAAAGCGACAACUGUUGCAAAAUCACCGUUACUUUUUGAAAUAUUUCAUGAAUGUCAAACAACAAAAGCUAGAACUGGAAGAAUGAGUCUUGUUCAUUAUGAUGUAGAUACACCAGUGUUCAUGCCAGUGGGAACACAAGGUACUUUAAAAGGUUUAUUGCCUCAACAAUUAGAAAAAUUAAAUUGUCAAAUUAUUCUUGGAAAUACAUAUCAUCUUGGCACACGACCCGGUAUUGAUAUUUUGAAAAAAGCAGGUGGAUUACAUAACUUUAUGAAUUGGAAAAGAGCUUUAUUAACAGAUUCUGGAGGUUUUCAGAUGGUAUCAUUAUUACAACUUGCAUGCAUUCAAGAAGAUGGCGUUGAAUUUCGAUCACCAUAUACUGGAUCCACAUGCAUAUUGUCACCUGAAUAUUCCAUAGAAAUACAAAACAUAAUAGGUGCAGAUAUAGCUAUGCAGCUUGACGAUGUAGUUCAUAGUACAUUAAAAGGACAAAGAGUAGAAGAAGCAAUGAACAGAACAUGUAGAUGGUUAGACAGGUGUUUAAAAGUUCAUGGCAAAUCGAAUGAACAGAGUAUAUUUGCAAUUGUACAAGGUGGUCUUAAUGCUAAGCUCAGAUCCGAAUGUGCAAAAGAACUUGUUCAGCGCAAAGUCAAUGGUUUUGCUGUUGGUGGAUUGAGUGGUGGAGAAAGUAAAGACGAUUUUUGGAGAAUGGUACAUCUUUCUACAGACAUACUUCCAAGAAAUAAACCACGUUAUUUAAUGGGUGUUGGAUUUGCUGUUGAUUUAAUUAUUUGUUCUGCACUGGGAAUAGAUAUGUUUGACUGUGUCUUUCCUACAAGAACAGCGAGAUUUGGCUGUGCAUUAAUACGUACAGGUCAAAUAAACUUAAAGCAACUUCAGUAUCGUAAAGACAUGAGACCAAUAGAUGAAACAUGUGAAUGUAGUACAUGUAAAACGUAUACACGCGCGUAUCUACAUCAUAUCGUGACGAUAGAAACAGUUGCAUGUCAUUUAUUAUCUGUUCACAAUAUUGCAUUUCAAAUGAAAUUAAUGCAGGACAUUAGACGAAGUAUUGAAGAACAAAAGUUUCCAGAAUUCAUACAGCAAUUCAUGUUAGAUUUAUAUCCUAACAAGGAAUAUCCAUCAUGGAUAAUUAAUGCUUUAAAAGCUGUUAAUAUUAAAUUGUUAUAG